AUGAAUGCUGGGACAGCAAUCUACGAAGUCAACUGGAUUGCUGCUGCCAACAACAUAAGGACGGCUCAGAAGUAUCAGGAGCCUUCCACUCACAACAUCCACCCCAUCCACUUAUCGUGUCCUCGCACGUCCAUGACAGCGACCACCAUCACCACCGGCCAACAACUUCUCGGUGCUUCCAGCCGUCGAUAUCCCUCAUUAUUAUCAGAAAGUUUUACGAAGAAAAAUACCACCCCUCCCAUUCUCACCACCGAUGACAACCUUCCCGCAGCCCCCAUAACCCUCAAUGUGGACUCGACCCCAACUUGUCUUCCUUGUGACUACACCUUCACGUCACACAUCGGUCUUCUCGGUCACAUCGCAUUUAUACCGGCAAACCAGUGCCCUGGGUUCCGAUCUACGGCCGUCGCUCUCGCCCCAACUGUCCCCCCUCUCCAGAGCUUAUUUGGCCAUUUGUAUCUCCAUGAAAAUUUGCCGUAA